AAUACUAUACUUAGAUGGAAAAAAAUAUGUGAAACAAAACCUUAGGUAGAAGUUCUCACGCAUCUUACAAAUUUUGGAGUUCUCAAAUGAUUAAGCCCUUAUAUAUAUUUAGUUAAUGUGCCGUCAUAUUUGCCAAUGGAGGGAUGGAUGUGUGUUGAUUUAAUUGGCAUAUUGGAGAAUGGAUACUGAUCCACAUACACACAUUCAAAUUACUCUCUUCUUGCCUCCACUUUUCUUGUUUGGGGAGGGUUAUACUAAUACACUUUCAUCUGGUGUUGCAGUUUUUCUAUUGAUUAUUUCACUGACAUGUAAUCAAACAUAUAUGCAUAAACUUAUAUCUAACAUUGAAUCUUGCUAUGCUGGGAAUCUUCUGAACUACAUAUACAAAUAUAUGCAUUCAAGAAUCAGAUAGAGGUGGUCAGCAUGCUGUAAUUAGAUAAAUAAAUAUAAUCUUGUUAUCAUCUAUGAUUUUUGUUGGAUCAGGCAUGCUCGGUUCUUUGUUCUUCUUUUUGAUCAUAUAAUCAAAUAAGUGCUUAAAAUUAGAAACGAGCGAGGGUUAUUUUUAUCCGUCUCCAUUUGAGAACAUUAAUAAGCACCCUUCUGUUCUUGCUCUUCUUAUGAAGGUAUUUUUGGUCAAUUCUGAAUAUAUUUGCCAUGUCUAUUAUUUUUCUUUCCGGGAAGCCAUUCGGGAGGAUCUUGUUGUUUUGGUGGUGAGGUUGUAGGAUUUUGUUGAACCAUUUGAGAUGUUCUUGUGUGUUACUGUUUCCUCAUAUUAGUGGUGGUACUUGUUACAUGCCAACUUCUUUGCAUGUUGGUAGUUUUGGUCACGUAGAAUGUAGCCGGUAUACGUUUCGAGCUGCAUGACAAUUUCGCAGCAACCUUGAAGUGGGAAAAUUUAACAGAGGGUUUGGGCCUGUUCUGUUUUGGUUCAAUGAUACACACAUGUAUCAUGGGGUUCUGUUUGUUGCUGUUAUUCUUUGUACUUUUGAGAUUGCAAGGGGGCAGUGUAUAUGGUUUGCAGGUUGAAUGACUUUCAUUUCUUUGUACACUCAAGAUUCUGAUUAGUUUAAUUUCUCUCUUUUACCUACAAUUUUCUCUAUAAGGUUUUUGUUCUCUGUGUUUAUUUUUGUUUAUUUCUGCGUUUGUUAUAGGGAAGUGAGUUUCCUUAUGCUAUUCUGAUACCAGGAUUGCAUGACUCUAGAUUUCUGUUCAAUUAGUAUCACCACUUUCUUAUGUCUAAUAUCCAAGAGAAACAUGAAUGUCGUUUGUUCAGGGUUUGAUGGAUAAUGCCCCUGUUAGCAUUGACGUGAGUUAUGACUAAGGCUACUCUUGAUGGUUUCUUUUGUUUUUUUAUUUAGGAAUUUUUUUGCAUUAGGCAAGAGAAGCGAACAAUGUGGGAUAUAUGCCCCUCUAAGAGUGGCUUACAUACUUGCAAGCAAGUAUAAUAGGGAAAGGGAAGGAGGGAAUAUAAUUAGUAAGCAAGUCAAAGGGGGUAAAGAGGGUAAAACAUCCAAGUUAUAAAAAGAAGAUAGAUGCAUCUUGCUCUUGCAGGGGUAUGGAUGUUGAGCUCAGUGAAAUGGUACUGUUCAUGGUGGUUAGGUGAAGGGGUUAUUUAUACCCCAAGGCCCAAGGAAACGUGCUUGGCAGUGAAGGGGUUAUAGUGCUUGUUAGCAAUCACCCUUCCUCUACCUUUCAUGAUCUUUCACCAUCAGUAACCAGGUCAAGUGUUUCCUGCAAGGGAGAGACAGGAAAUGGUACCACAUCAAGGCUGAAGCAAUUAGGAAUGGAGUUCACUGUAUGGGUUUUUAAGCAUGCAGAAAUUGAUCAGCUCAAACGUAUGGGUCCCGUGAUACUUAGUGGUGUUCUGAAGUCCCUGGAUGGUUAUACAGCUUCCGAAUCAGAUACAAUUGCACGGGAGACCAAAACAUUUGCUUUCCAAGCAAUUGGAUUGCUUGCGAAGCGCCUGCCGGAACUUUUCAGAGAUAAAAUUGACAUGGCUGCUCGGCUUUUUAAUGCCCUGAAAUUAGAGUCUCCAUCAAUUCGUCUAAUUGUUCAAGAAGCAACCAACUCUCUUGCUGUUGCAUAUAAAGAUGCACCAAUAACAGUAUUAAAUGAUUUAGAGUUGCUUCUGCUGGAAAAUUCUCAAGUGGAACAAGGUGAAGUACGCUUUUGUGCGCUGAGAUGGGCAACAACCUUAUUUGACUCGCAACAUUGCCCAAGCAGAUUUAUCUGUAUGCUUGGUGCUGCAGACACUAAACUGGAUAUAAGGGAGAUGGCAUUGGAAGGUCUCUUUCUUGGUAAAGAUCAAGGAAGAUCUGGUGAAAACCUAAAUCUCAAGUACCCUAAACUGACAGAUAUGCUAGAGUAUAUUCUUAGACGACAGCCUCAGUUGCUAGAAUCCAGUGACAUAAGGGAAGAACGACUUCUUUUCCCGUCGCAGACUUAUGUAGCUAUAAUCAGGUUUUUGUUACAGUGCUUUGAGGCGGAUGUGAAUCAAAAGAUUGCAACAGAAAGAACCCCUGAGUUUUGGUCUUCUCUAGGGAACAUGUGUUUGCUGUUAGAGCAUGCAAUGGCGUAUGAGGGUUCUGUUGAGUUGCAUGCUACUGCCUCUAAGGCUUUAAUCAAAAUAGGAUCUCACUUUCCCGAGAUGUUAGGAUCUCGCUAUGCUGUUAAAGUACCGUGGUUGAAACAAUUACUAGGCCAUGUUGACUUUGACACACGGGAAUGUGCAGCUCGCUUACUUGGAAUUGCUUCUUGUGCUCUUCCUAUAUCUGCUGCCUCUGAUCUUAUUCAUGAACUGAUUUCAUCCAUCAAAGGUUUGGUAAAGUCAAGGUUUGAAAUUCAGCAUGGAAUGAUAUGUGCUCUUGGAUAUGUCAAUGCAAACUGUUUGUCGAGAACUCCUACUAUCACAGAUUCAUUGCUCCAGAGUACACUGAAAUGUCUAGUUGAUGUAGUCAACUCUGAUAGUGCUACAUUAGCUUCUGUUGCAAUGCAAGGGUUAGGUCAUGUUGGGCUGUCUGCCCCACUACCAAAAUUGGUUCAUGACUCUUCCACAGAUGAUGUUUUGACGUUCUUGCGUGAAAAGUUGAAGAAGAUCCUCUCUAGUGAUGAUACCAAAUCAAUUCAAAGAAUUGUUCUAUCUUUGGGGCAUAUGUGUGUGAAGGAAUCAUCUUCUUCCAUUAUUAGUGAUGCUCUUGACUUGAUCUUUAGUCUUGGUCGGUCUAAGGUUGAGGAUGUCCUCUUUGCUGCUGGUGAAGCUCUUUCAUUUUUAUGGGGGGGAGUUCCAGUGACUACUGCUAUGAUCCUGAAAACUGAUUACAGUUCACUCUCCAUGACUUCAAGUUAUUUAAUGGCAGAUAUAUCUUCAGCUGUGGCGGCAUCUAGCGUUAUAGGUCUUGAAGGAAAUGAGGAGUGUCAUGUAGUAGCUAGAGAUAUGAUUACUAAAAAGCUAUUUGAUGAUCUAUUGUACAGUACCAAAAAAGAAGAGCGAUGUAGUGGAACUGUCUGGUUGGUAUCACUGACAAUGUAUUGCGGUCAUCAUCCAUCAAUUCAGCAAUUACUUCCAGAUAUUCAGGAAGCGUUUUCACACCUAAUUGGUGAGCAGAAUGAACUCACCCAAGAAUUGGCAUCCCAAGGCUUGAGUAUUAUUUACGAACUUGGUGAUGCCUCGAUGAAGAAGAACUUGGUAAAUGCACUAGUUGGCACCCUGACUGGUUCAGGAAAGAGGAAAAGGGCGGUGAAGCUUGUUGAAGACACUGAAGUAUUUCAAGAGGGCUCCAUUGGGGGAAGUCUUAGUGGAGGGAAACUUAGUACUUACAAGGAGCUCUGCAGUCUGGCAAAUGAGAUGGGACAACCAGACCUGAUUUAUAAGUUCAUGGACUUGGCCAAUCAUCAAGCUUCCUUGAAUUCUAAGAGAGGUGCAGCUUUUGGGUUCUCAAAGAUAGCCAAGCUGGCAGGGGAUGCACUACAACCCUAUCUCCGUCAAUUGGUCCCGAGGCUUGUACGCUACCAGUAUGACCCUGACAAAAAUGUGCAGGAUGCGAUGGCACAUAUUUGGAAAUCACUUAUUGCAGACUCGAAAAAGACUAUUGAUGAGUACUUGGAUGUAAUCAUUGAAGAUAUGUUGGUACAAUGCGGGUCCAGGCUUUGGCGCUCACGCGAGGCUUCAUGUCUUGCUCUUGCAGAUUUAGUUCAAGGGCGUAAAUUUAAUCAGGUUGGCAAGCAUCUAAAGAACAUAUGGACAGCUGCAUUUCGUGCUAUGGAUGACAUAAAGGAGACUGUUCGAACUUCUGGGGAAAGACUAUGCCGCGCUGUUACCUCCUUAACAUUGAGGCUAUGUGACAUAUCUCUCACAGAAAUUUCUGAUGCGAGAAAGGCAAUGGAUAUUGUUUUGCCUUUGUUGCUGACUGAAGGAAUAAUGAGUAAAGUAGAUGAUAUUCGUAAGGCAUCAAUUACGGUCGUUACAAAGCUUGCAAAGGGUGCAGGCAUUGCAAUCCGUCCACAUUUAUCUGAAUUAGUUUGUUGCAUGCUUGAAAGUUUAUCAAGCCUUGAGGACCAAGGGCUGAAUUAUGUCGAGAUGCAUGCAGCAAAUGCUGGGAUACAAACAGAGAAGCUCGAAAACCUACGAAUCUCAAUUGCCAAGAGCUCUCCGCUGUGGGAAACUCUUGAUUUGUGCAUAGAGGUUGUUGACGACCAAUCUCUGGAGCAGUUGGUUCCUCGUCUUUCCCAGUUGGCUAGAUCUGGUGUUGGUCUAAAUACUAGGGUUGGUGUUGCUAGCUUUAUUAGUCUGUUAGUUCAAAAGGUUGGAAGCAGUAUUAAACCAUUCACGAGCAUGCUACUGAGGCUUCUGUUUCUAGUGGUCAAGGAAGAGAGAAGUGCUGCAUCGAAGCGUGCCUUUGCAAAUUCUUGUGCUUUUGUCAUAAAAUAUGCACCUCCCUCCCAGGUUCAAAAGCUUAUCGAAGAAACUGCUGCUUUGCAUACUGGUGAUAGAAAUUCACAGAUUGCAUGUGCGCUGCUAUUAAAAAGCUAUGCAUCGACAGCUGCUGAUAUCUUGAAUGGGUAUUAUGCAACAGUUGUUCCGGUUAUUUUUCUUUCAAGGUUUGAGGAUGACAAGAACGUCUCUAGUCUAUAUGAGGAAUUAUGGGAGGAAAAUAUGACCAGUGAACGUCUCACCCUUCAGUUGUAUGUAGGUGAAAUUGUUGCUCUAAUAACUGAAGGAAUUGCAUCAUCAUCUUGGGCUAGUAAAAGGAAGGCAGCCAAAGCAAUUGUAAAGCUUUGUGAAGUCUUGGAUGCAUCUGUAUUUUCAUAUCAUCAAGUGUUGCUCACUUCUCUUAUGAAUGAAAUCCCUGGUCGUAUAUGGGAGGGAAAGGAGGAUCUGUUGGAAGCGCUGUCUUCUCUUUGUACUUCCUGCCAUACCGCAAUUUCUGCUGCUGAUCCGUCCUGUGAAAGUGCCAUCUUGAGUGUUGUAACAUCCGCAUGCAGUAAGAAAGUCAAGAGGUUUCGUGAUGCAGGCUUUCAAUGUCUAGAUAAGGUUUUAAAAGCCUUCAAAAAUCCAGACUUCUUUAGUGUGGUCUUCCCGUUGUUGUUCGAAAUGUGCAAUUUGUCCUUCAACUCUAUAUCCAAACAAGUGUCUUCACCAAAUGAUGGUGACAAAGCAGAGGCAAAUCAGACAGACGAUUCUUCUGUUCCCCAUGACAAGAUUGUCGAUUGCAUUACAUCCUGUGUAGUUGUUGCACGAUUAAGUGACAUUCUCAAAUGGCAAAAGGACUUGCUACAUGUGUAUUUAAAUUCCCUAGCACCUGGUAUUCCUUGGAUAGUUAAAGUUUCAGUCUUCACGUCCAUUAAAGAGCUAUGUUCAAGGAUAAAUGAAGGGUUGAAAGACACGGAUAAAUCUAGCCAACAUGUUGAUACAUCAGCAUUGGCUAUAGAGCUAUUUUAUUCUGUGUCACCAAAAGUGAUUGAUUGUAUAAGCAUAGUAAAGAUUGCCCAGGUUCACAUUGCAGCUUCAGAGUGUCUUCAGGAACUGACGAAGCUAUAUAGAGACCUUCCGGAAGUACCCAUAGCUGAAGUAGGUUUUAAAAACGAGCUUCUUCAUCAAUGGGAAAUCGAAAAAAACGAGCAGGCCAAGUCAUUAAUGAAGAACUGCAUAGACAUUAUUGACAGUAUAGAACAUAAAAGUGUGUAGAAACCUGCAAAAGAUAUGGUUCCAUCUUUUCUGGCUUUUGUAAAUUUGUAUCAGGUUUUUGUUCUAUUGUUUCACAUCGGACGCUUGAACCAAAGUAGUUAUUCACCACAACUGGUUGAACCCUAAUUCGAAUCUAUCGGUGUUGCUACUUUUAACAUGGCUAAAAAGUUAGUUCCAUGAAGGAGUCCACUGGUUUAGACUUUUGAAUGGUUUA